ACGAUGAACCACUCAGUGAGCAUCGGACUCAAAAUGACUGGAGCCUCCAUCCUGAGCGCCCUCUUGGCUAUCAUUCUCGGCUCCUACGAGGGCGCUGCCCACAACGUCACGAAGGAUACCCUGCGCUCCUUACCCUGCCCCGACCCCAUGGACAUCUACCCCUGCGUCUGCACCGCGGACGAGGACCACAACAUGGAUAUGGACUGCUCCCUAGUGGAGAGCGAGGACCAGCUGGCCAGGAUCUUCUCCUCCAACAUUCCCUUCACGAAGUUCCGCAGAUUAGUGAUCAUGAAUAACCGGCAUCUGAAGGCUCUGCAAAGCGAGGACUUAGGUGUGGCGUCUUUCGAGACUAUUUUUAUACAGGGCGGCAUCCUGGAGGAGGUGCUAGCCCAAGCAUUAUCCAAUAGCUUUUCUUCCGCCACUUACAUUGAUCUCCAAGAUAACAGAGUGUCAGAAUUUCCUUUCCAAGAAUUGCCGUUGUUUUCAUCCCUUCGCUCCUUAAAGCUAAGCAUGAACUGGCUAUCCGACUUCCCAGCGUUGCAGUCAAGCGUCCUGCAACACAUUGAAUUAGAUAAAAAUUCUUUUAACAGGAUUCCAGCUGAUGGAUUCACAUUUCUGACGAAUGUUGAAACAAUAAGCUUUUCUAACAACCAUUUACAAAUGAUUAUGCCAGGAACCUUCACGGACCUUCCCUUCCUCCGGGAACUGCAUCUUGACCAUAACCGGCUGAGUAACAUCCCUCAAGGAGCCAUUGCAGGUCUCAAAGGCGGGCUGCUCAACUUGCAGGAAAAUUCACUUGAAGUCCUAGAAGAAGGGGUUUUCCGUCCGUUUGUGCAGGGAGGAACCACGGUCGCCUUGAACGGUAAUCCUCUCAUCUGCGGCUGUGACAUAGCCUGGCUCGUCCUGAACAGCGACUUCAUGGACCUCAUCUCCGAAGGAACGACGUGUUACGACGGAGAGUUUCUGUCCGAUCUCGACCCGGGUAUUUUCCAGGAUCUCUGCUGAAAGCAUCUCCCGAUCCGCUAGUUGCCAGUGAGAACUCGUUUUGUGUAAGCCAGAGAGCAUGCUUCAAACACCGCAACAUGUAUGGAUACAGAAUAGUCUUUUUUUCUGAAUACUUGUUAAUGAAUUUGAAAAUUACAUAAACUGUCGAUAUGUACCAUAAA